CUGUUUUCAAAACUCUGCAGCAUUUCUCCUCUUGGGUGUCAAUCCGAGCAGAAUCCAACACCUGCCAGUCCUUUUCAUGGCUAACUCGUUGCACAGUUCCUCGGCCAUUCCUCGUCUGAGUCUGAGAGGCCAGUCCCUCGGACUCCACUCGACUUCAGACCUCAGUUUCAGAUCCGUAUCUUUUGCCUCUCAUCCUCGCACCCUCCCUCUCAGGUCUUUGGAGGGCACAAGGCAGGUAAAAUCCCCUAGAGUAAGUGCGGUAGUGAGGGCAGAGAGUCGCUUAGACGCAAUGGAAGUUGAUCUCUCUCUUAGCCCCAGAGUUAACUCCGUAAAGCCUUCCAAGACUGUGGCCAUCACCGACCAGGCCACGGCUCUCGCCCAAGCUGGCGUCCCCGUUAUCCGGUUAGCCGCGGGAGAGCCCGAUUUCGAUACCCCAGCUCCGAUUGCAGAAGCUGGGAUAAACGCGAUUCGAGAGGGUUACACGAGGUACACUCCAAAUGCGGGGACUGUGGAGAUCCGCCAAGCAAUUUGUCAUAAGCUGAAGGAGGAGAAUGGGAUUUCUUACACGCCUGAUCAGAUUGUGGUCAGCAACGGGGCCAAGCAGUGCAUUCUUCAAGCCCUGCUUGCAGUUUGUUCACCCGGAGAUGAGGUUAUAAUUCCAGCUCCAUUCUGGGUGAGUUACCCAGAGAUGGCAAGACUGUCUGAUGCAACACCUGUGAUUCUUCCGACGAGCAUCUCCGAAAAUUUUCUUUUGGAUCCGAAGGUCCUUGAAUCCAAAAUCACAGAAAAGUCAAGAGUGCUGAUUCUUUGUUCUCCAUCCAACCCAACAGGAUCUGUUUACCCCAAGAGAUUGCUGGAAGAGAUUGCUCAAGUUGUGGCAAAGCAUCCCCGGCUUUUGGUGCUGUCUGAUGAAAUAUAUGAACACAUAAUUUAUGCUCCAGCAACUCAUACGAGCUUUGCUUCUUUGCCAGGCAUGUGGGAGAGGACUCUAACGGUCAAUGGAUUUUCUAAGGCCUUUGCAAUGACCGGUUGGCGGCUUGGAUAUAUUGCUGGUCCAAAACAUUUUAUUGCGGCAUGUGGAAAGAUUCAGAGUCAGUCCACUUCAGGUGCCAGUAGCAUAUCACAGAAAGCGGGGGUUGCAGCACUAGGACUUGGUUAUGCUGGUGGGGAAGCUGUUUCUACCAUGGUAAAAGCAUUCAGGGAACGUCGGGAUUUCUUGGUUAAAAGCUUUGGACAACUGGAGGGUGUCAGGAUAUCAGAACCCCAGGGAGCUUUCUAUCUCUUCAUUGAUUUCAGCUCUUACUAUGGAGGUGAGGCCGAGGGAUUUGGUAAAAUUGAGAAUUCUGAGUCCCUCUGCCGAUAUCUUUUGGACAAGGGUCAGGUUGCGCUAGUCCCAGGGGAUGCAUUUGGGGAUGACACCUGCAUCCGGAUCUCAUAUGCAGCAUCCCUCACAACCCUUAAGGCAGCUGUGGAGAGAAUUAAGAAAGCACUUGUCUCACUCAGGCCUGCUGUCCCUGUUUGAUGUAGAGAAUUCCGAUGCCACAGCCAAGAUUUGUUGUUCCUGUCUUGGGCUCCAAAAUGUAUUGCAAUAAUUAUUUGGAAAAAAAAGAAUAAAAAAAAAAAGAGAUAAGUUUGGUCAUCUGGUUUGUUUGGCUCUUUGUCUGCCAGCAUUGGCUGUGUAUGUGAUGGUAAGUGUAGACGGAGGACAAACUUGGACAUGACAUUUAAUUUCCUUUGUAUAACGAAGUUCUGUAUCAAAUCAUUAUAUGUGCUACUAAAGCCAACACUAGUGGUGUUGGGUUUUUAGCAAAAAGUAGUACAUUUGUAACAAGGGUAUUGUUCUUUUU